UAUUGCGACAGGCCUACGCAUUGGUCAUCAUUAUGAAGUGUAUUGGGUUUUGGGCUGUAAUUUGACAAACUUGUGUCUUGUAGACUCACAGUGGCUCAGUUUGGAGAGUGACCUGGGCCCAUCCAGAGUUUGGACAGGUGUUGGCAUCCUGCUCCUUUAAUCGUACUGCUAUAGUAUGGGAGGAGAUUGUUGGAGAGUCCAAUGACAAACAACGAGGACAAAGCCACUGGAUAAAGAGAACCACACUUGUGGACAGUCGGACAUCUGCGACUGAUGUGAAGUUUGCCCCAAAGCACAUGGGCUUGAUGCUGACCGCAUGCUCUGCAGACGGUGUGGUGCGAAUCUACGAGGCCCCUGACGUGAUGAACCUGAGCCAGUGGUCCCUGCAGCACGAGAUCUCAUCCAAACUCUCCUGCUCCUGCAUCUCCUGGAACCCUUCCAGUUCUCGAGCUCAUGCACCUAUGAUUGCAGUGGGUAGUGAUGACAGCAAUGUGACGUAUGGCGGCAAAGUUCAGGUAUACGAGUAUAACGAAGUUACAAGGAAAUAUGCCAAAGCAGAGACACUGAUGACAGUUACAGAUGCUGUACAUGAUAUUGCAUUUGCUCCCAAUCUGGGACGGUCUUUCCAUGUACUUGCUAUUGCCACCAAAGAUGUGCGCAUCUUCAAACUGGUUCCACUUCGAAAGGACAGCUCUUCUUCAGCGCCCACUAAAUUUGAGGUGCAGGUGCUGGCCCAGUUUGACAGUCAUAACUCUCAGGUGUGGCGUGUCCGUUGGAACAUCACCAGUACACUUCUGGCUUCCUCUGGUGACGAUGGUUGUGUGAGACUUUGGAAAGCAAACUACAUUGACAGUUGGAAAUGCACGGGUAUUCUAAAGGGAGAUGGUAGUCUAGUAUCGGGUCAGCUUGGUGCUCUGAGCGGCGUCCUGGGAUCUGCUGCUGCACAGAGUGCUCUAAAUGGGGCCACUGGAAGAUAGCUGCUAUAUGAUAAGACCACCCUGAGGAAAUCUGGAGCUGAGCACUUCUAUGAUACUGGACUUCACACUGAGACCAACUGAUUGUGCUUGCUGGACAUGCAACGAUACUGGCACUUAACACGGGUCCAUUGUUAAUAUUAUUUUAACUGCAUUCAAGGAAUGUUUUUAAGUUGACUUUUCUUUCAACCUAUAGAAUUAUGUUUUACUCUGAACACAGACUGUUAAACGCACAUGGCUUUGUGCCCAUUUCAGAAUUUUGUAAUGAGUCCUGUUUAAAUGGAUGUUCUAAUAAAGAAAAGACACCAUGUCUGUGUAGGAGUAUAUUUUUUAUUUCAAUUGUUUUGUUGACGUGAUAAAGGAAAAAAGAUGCUGCCAUUACAAUGUUGCAAAAUAUUGGUCUAAUUGAGUUCACGCUCUUGUUAUUGUACGAGAAUCAGAAAGGUUAUUGUUUAAGCAACUGGGAUAUAUGAAGUAUUCAGAAAUAUUUGAGCUCGUUUUAUUUGAGUCAUGCAUUUCUACUUCAUUAGUAAAAGUACAGUAAUCCUUGCUGGAUUACUUUUGAUAGAUGAUUUGAGUUGCAUGUAUGAUCCAAAGUUUCUGUGAA